GCACGGAAUGAACUGUGAUACCACAGCUAGGUUUAAACAAAAUACAUACUCUCGCGCUGUUAGACUUUCCAUGACAAAAGUAAAUCUUAUAACCCCACUUAUUAGACCACAUCUGUUGAGAUUUUCUUGUACUAUGGGUUUCCUGAAGAAAAGAUAUUUCAAAUGACAAAUCUCUCAUCCAAUUAAAAAAACAUCUUCAGGUAAAAUUAUUAACUAUAUUGACAAACAAUGCAGGUCCAGACUCUCAAGCUUCAUAAUAUCCAAUGUACCACACCAGCCUCAUCACAUCACCUUGCAGAAACACUUAGUUCUAUGCCAAACCUGACUGACCUGACACUGCAUGGAAUAGAGCCAAAGGAGGAGUUCUACUCCACAUUGAAAGCAAAAGCAUCAUCCAUACAGGUCCAGACUCUCAAUCUUCAUCGUCUCCAGUGUCCCACAUCAGCCUCAUCACAUCACCUAGGAGAAGCACUGUGCUGUAUGCCAAACCUGACUGACCUGACCAUGAAUGGAUGGAACUUUGAUGAGGAGUUCUACUCUACAUUGAAAGCAAAGGCAUCAUCCAUACAGGUAUGUGUGUCCUAA